UGCUUCGGGAAAUUCUACCGUACGUAUGCAUUUCGAAGAAAUAAACUCGUUCCUUUGGGUUGUUUUUUAGCCCUACACACCAUAUAUCAGAUAUAUAAACCAGAAGUGAGAGUUGGUAAAGUGAAAAAAAGAUGACAUUCAAUUCAAAGUGCAAGUUGCUUGUGCUGGCAGUCCUACUGCUAAUAACGAUUCGCCCAAGCUUACAGACUCGACUAAGAAAUGAAAACAAGGUUAAAACUGCCACUUUCCUAUCACCAAAUUUUGUGCUCGAACCUGGAUUAGUUGCUAACAAAUUUUACUACAACAUCGAUUUCCCUAAAGGCCAUAUUGCUAUCAAAAGUUUUGAUGCUGAAGUAGUUGAUGAGUCAAGGAAUCCUGUCCCCCUUUAUGAAACAUAUCUCCAUCAUUGGCUUGUGGUAAGAUAUUAUCAACACAAAGGUUUGGAGGUGUCAAAGUACCAUGACGAUCUGGGGUUUGAACAGUCAGAUUAUAUAUUAGUGAGGAACUCAGGGAUAUGUGGAAGGGAUCUUUUUCAAUAUUUUGGCCUUGGGUCUGAAACUCGUAAAACAGUGAAAUAUGUUCCAGACCCUUAUGGGAUAGAGGUUGGUAAUCCUUUAGAAGUACCUCCUGGAUAUGAAGAAAGAUGGUUGCUUAAUGUACAUGCAAUUGAGACACGAGGUUCCGAAGAUCAGAUGGGAUGCACAGAAUGCAGGUGUGAUCUUUAUAAUGUUACAAAGGAUGAGUAUGACCGAGAUAUAGAACCAAAUUACAUUGGAGGCUUGAGAUGUUGUCAUGAUGAAACAAGAUGCAGAACAAGAGAAGGGUUUCAGGGUCCAAAGAGAAGUUUGUACCUGAAGUACACAAUCAAAUAUGUUGAUUGGCAUGCCUUCAUUAAGCCUGUUAAAAUAUAUAUUCUUGAUGUCACUGAUACAUGGAAAAGGCGGAAAUCAACAGGACUUAAGCCGUCAAGACAUCAUUGUCAGAUUGAAUAUAAAGUUGAGUCAUGUUCUGCUGCUGUUGCUAAUAAUGGAUGCAUCCAUACAAAAAAGAUAAGUGUAACUUUGCCUAAUGGUGGAAAUGUUAUCUACGGAGUUGCUCACCAGCAUGCAGGUGGGAUUGGUUCAACCCUCCUUGGAGAGGAUGGACGGGUUAUAUGCUCAUCUCUUCCAAUCUAUGGAGAAGGAAAUGAAGCUGGUUAUAUUGUUGGUAUGUCCACUUGUUAUCCCAGGCCUGGCUCUGUCAAGAUAUCCGAGGGAGAGACUCUGACUUUAUUAUCAAACUAUAGCAGUGAUCAAAGGCAUACAGGAGUUAUGGGCCUGUUCUAUAUAUUGGUUUCUGGGCAAUCUAGCUCUAUCCUGCAUUCCAGAGACAAUAUGGGUGAUAUUGUCAUACUACAUAAUGCUGUUUUGGCAUUAGCAGGGUUUGGAAUUGCAGCACUUGUUGCUGCAACUGUAAGUUAUCAACAUCAGAGCGAAAGAGAAGAAGGGUGUGAAUCGAUCCUAAUGUGAGGUUCUUUCAGCCUAACCUCUGGUGACCGGUAUAAUGUACCAUGUGAUCAACUGUUUCGACUCAAGUUGGUUCUUGGUACAUAUGCUAACUUUUAGGCAGUUAAAUUGUAGAUGUUUUAGUCUAUGGGGUGCUUGCUUAGUUUUCUAACUACAUGUUGCAUAUAGUGUGUACUUGAGAAUAGAGAUGUAACGCGUACACAAUCGUAUCUGCCGGGUGAAACAAGCCUCUUAAUGAAUAAUGAGAGUGACCACAAAGAUUGUUUAAGGACUAUAUUAAGAAGGAGAUUAUUGUCAUUUAUCCGCAGCUUAGGUGUGACACCUGGAUUGUGGAUAACAUAAUAUUAUAAUAUAGAAACUAAAAAAAAGUGCACUAGGGGCGAGGUGAAAA